UAGCAGCUGAGAAGUAGACGCAUCUUCUCCUGUACCAGGCAUUUCCCCUCAUUACCAAACCGUCUCUGCAUCAAGGAAGAAGAAACAUCAGAUUUCAGAUUGUUUGUUGCUUUUUUCCCAUUUUCAAGUGUUAUUUCUUUUGGAAACUGAUAAUUAUGCGUUUUAUCACUUAAUACUCGUCUGAAUACUGAUUUUGUUCUCCUGAGGAUUAUGAUACUCAUUAGGCUUCACUGUUGACUCCCAUCACUGGAGCUGUCAAUACACAGCAGACAGUACCAAGCCUGGGUCUGUGGAAGAGGUUACUGGAUUCCCCUGAUUUCUGGAUUCUGUGUACCUGAGAUCCAUCAUGGGCCUUGGGGGAAGGUGGCAUGGACCUGACCUUUGUCAGGUGUGGUGGGCUUGCUGUGUGUUCCUGGCUUUGUUAUGGAAGGGGCUGGCUUGCCCUACGACCUGCACGUGUUACCCCACUAUUAACCCCACCAGUAUCUGGUGCACGAAGUCCAACUCUGGGAUUGCUUCCUUGCCCAUUCUGGAUGACAUCAAGCAGGCAAAGAACAUCACUGACAUCUACAUCGAGAACCAGCCCAGGUUGACCAGUAUCAAUGAUGAGGAUCUUCGGAUGUACACUGGAUUGAGAAAUCUGACUGUGAUUGACUCUGGGCUAAAUACUGUAUCACUCCAGGCAUUCCGGAAAAACCGCAAACUUACAUAUAUAAACCUUUCCAGAAAUAAGCUGAAAACCCUUGUCAGGAGGCCUUUUCGUCACCUUUCCCUGACUAAACUAGUUGUAGAGGGCAAUCCAUUCCAGUGCUCAUGCGAUUUAUUAUGGAUUAAGAUAUUUCAGGAAAGUAAUUCCAUAAACAAGGAGGACCAAAAUCUUUACUGUAUCAAUAACAAUCAUAUGAAGAUUGCUCUUUUCAACUUGCAGAUACCCAGCUGUGGUUUACCAGUAGCAAAUGUGAGCACAACCAAUGUCACAGUUAAAGAAGGUAAAGAUGUAUCUCUGUACUGUGAUGCUACUGGUCUCCCACCUGCUAAUGUCUCCUGGAAUAUAUCUCAGCUCUUGUCAAAAACUCUGAUAGAUGUAACCAAACGACCAUCUAUCCUUAAUUUGAAGAAUAUAACAUCUCUGGACAAUAAAAAAGUUGUGGUGUGUUCAGCAGAAAAUAUUGUGGGAGAAGAUCAAAUCACUGUUGAGUUAAAUGUUCACUUUCCCCCAGUGAUCACAUAUCUUGACUUUCCAACUUUGGACCACCACUGGUGUAUCCCAUUCAGUGUGAAGGGCAAUCCCAUGCCCAGUUUGCAGUGGUUUCAUGAAGGAACUAUCUUAAGUGAAACAGAAUUCAUUUGGAGUAAAAUACACGAAUCAAGUAAUAAUUUAAAUGAACAUCAUGGUUGUCUUCAAUUGGACAGCCCAACACAUUUGAACAAUGGAUAUUAUACAUUGAAGGCACAGAAUGAAUAUGGAGAAGAUGAACGUAUAAUAUUCGCCCAUUUCAUGAAAGAUCCUAUUGAUGAUUAUGAAACAACCUCAAAUGACCUUGGUGGAACUACAGAUAUUGGAAAUGGUGUAACGUCAACAGAUGUUUCCAUUGAUGGAAGUGAAGACAGCAUCACUGUUUACGUUGUGGUUGGAAUUGCAGCGUUAGUUUGCACCGGCUUAGUGAUCAUGCUAAUUAUCUUAAAGUUUGGAAGACACUCUAAAUUUGGACUAAAAGGACCUUCCUCAGUAAUCAGUAAUGAUGAUGAUUCAGCCAGCCCUCUUCAUCAUAUUUCUAAUGGUAGCAACACUCCAUCUUCUUCAGAAGGAGGACCAGAUGCAGUAAUUAUUGGCAUGACCAAAAUCCCUGUCAUUGAGAACCCGCAAUAUUUUGGAAUCACCAACAGCCAUCUCAAACCUGACACAUUUGUUCAGCAUAUAAAAAGGCACAACAUUGUUCUGAAGAGAGAACUAGGAGAAGGCGCCUUCGGGAAGGUGUUUCUCGCUGAGUGCUACAAUCUUUACCCUGAGCAGGAUAAAAUUCUGGUGGCAGUAAAGACACUCAAGGAUGCUAGUGAUAAUGCCCGAAAAGACUUCCAUCGAGAAGCAGAGUUGUUAACAAACCUACAGCAUGAGCACAUUGUAAAGUUUUAUGGUGUUUGUGUGGAAGGUGACCCACUUAUUAUGGUCUUUGAAUAUAUGAAGCACGGGGAUCUUAACAAGUUCCUUAGGGCCCAUGGACCAGAUGCAGUUCUCAUGCAAGAAGGGAACCGUCCUGCUGAAUUGACCCAAUCCCAGAUGCUGUACAUAGCUCAGCAGAUUGCGGCAGGUAUGGUGUACCUGGCAUCACAGCAUUUUGUACAUCGAGAUCUGGCAACAAGAAAUUGUCUAGUUGGAGAAAAUCUUCUGGUGAAAAUAGGAGAUUUUGGCAUGUCAAGAGAUGUGUACAGCACUGAUUACUACAGAGUUGGAGGACAUACUAUGUUGCCAAUUCGUUGGAUGCCCCCUGAGAGUAUCAUGUAUAGGAAGUUCACUACAGAAAGCGAUGUUUGGAGUUUAGGGGUGGUAUUAUGGGAAAUUUUCACCUAUGGAAAACAGCCUUGGUAUCAGCUUUCAAACAAUGAGGUUAUUGAGUGCAUUACUCAAGGUCGAGUAUUACAGCGACCUCGAACCUGCCCGAAGGAAGUCUAUGAUCUAAUGUUGGGUUGUUGGCAGAGGGAGCCUCACAUGAGAUUGAACAUCAAGGAAAUUCACAGCCUUCUUCAGAACUUGUCCAAGGCAUCUCCUGUAUAUCUUGAUAUUCUCGGCUAACAUAUCAAGGGCUACAUAUAUGGGCUUGAUGAAUGAAUGUGGUGAACUGCUGCUGAACUCCAUAAAAUGCAUUAUAACCUCUGACAGUAUUAUUAACAAAGAUGCUGAGAAGAUUUUAAAGGGCAAGCAACACAAACGUAUCCACCUAUAGACACAGUAUUGACUAUUUACCAUGAAUAAGUUGUAUCUUUUUCUCUUUUUUCUGGUCUUCUUUUUACCUUCCCACCUUUCUUAAGUCUCUUUGAUCUUCUCACCAUUCCUUCUUCUCUAAGCUUUUGCAUUUAUGUAAAUCAGCAUACAUAGACAAAGGCCUUAAAACCGUCUCUGUUUAUCAGCAUCCACGCAUGUCUGUCUACUACAUCUUACAAUGCCUUCUUAUAUUCCUGCCUUCGAUGUGGAUAAAAAAAGGGAAAAAAAUUA